AUUUCUACACUUUCUCUUCUUAAAAUGUGAUUUUAAACCUAACCACACUGCUAACCUUAUGCCUAAUCUAUCCCUAAAUUAAUUUUAAAAAGGGGAUUUUUGUUUUUAUGCAUUUUUACGAUUUAGAAUUUGUGGCUGAGUGGAAACCAAGUGCACGGAAUGUGCAGAAGUAUUGCUGUUUGCGAGAAUCUAUAUAUUUCCUUCAAAUUCGCUUAUGGGAACAUUCAUUAACUACUACUGGAAACAUUCCUCCUCAGGUUUGAGCAUGUUUCAGGCAUGGCAAGGUAUUAGGUCACUCACCAACUCAAUUCGACUGUAUCCAGUGCAAAGACUAGUGUGUGUAAAGGCCACCACCACUAGAAUGUGCUCAGGCUACCAGCAGGCUAAUGUGGUGAUCCUCCAUAAGAGCCUAGCUGAUGACUUCGAGGCAUUCUGCCAUGCCAACCCCAGCCCCCUGCCUCUGCUUUACAGGAGUCAGCCCGGGGAGUGGGGCUGUCCACCUCUCGCUGCAGACGCAGACAUCAGAGUGGACUGCCCCCAGUACUGUGUGUUUAAGGACGGCCUGCUGGUGUCCAGAGUGUCCAGCCUGAUGUCCUACAGUGGUCAGCUCCAGGACAUGGUCAGCUUCUACCUGGGCUGUAGCUUCAGCUUUGAGAGGACACUGCGGGAGGCCGGGGUCCCUGUCCGAAAUGUGGAGCAGAACUGCAAUGUCAGCAUGUUCAGGACAUCUCUGCAGUGUAGAGGAGUGGGUCAGUUCCAGUGCCCUAUGGUGGUGACUAUGAGACCAGUACCUGAGGAGCAGCUGGACAUCGUGGUCCAGGUCACUCACCUGACCCCUCUGGCCCAUGGAGGACCCAUCCACAUCGGGGAUCCAGCUGUACUGGGGAUCCAGGACGUAUCCAGGCCGGAGUAUGGGGACCCGGUGGCCCCUGGCCCAGGAGAUGUACCUGCGUUCUGGGCCUGUGGGGUCACUGGUAUGGAGGCUGUCCAGAGUUGCAAGCCCCCACUGGCAUUCACCCACUCUCCAGGCUGCAUGUUCCUCACUGACCGAGAGGACUCCUCCAUCUCUGCGUCCACAUCCACCCCUGAGCCUGACCAAUGCCCUCUGACUUUCUCCAUCUCCCAGCAGCCUUUGCACUACAGUGUGGCAUCCAAGGCUGUAGUCCAGAGCAUACGAGACCUGGAGAAGAUCAUUGGCGAGGACCCAGGGGAGAGGGGUAUCCGUGCAUUGUUUGUCCAGGAUGAGUUGCUGAGGUCCUGCCUGUCCCUCUCCCACUCCUCCUCUGUGCUCAUCACUACGGGGUUCCCCACCCACUACACACACAACCCCCCCGAGGAGACAGACGGGCCCCCCGGAGCCUUCGCCAUAGCAGCCACCCUCCAAGCCCUUCAGAAGGAGGUUGCUAUAGUGACGGAUCACCGCGCCCUGGAGAUGAAUCAGAGGAUUAUGGAGGAUGCAGUGAAGAAAGGUGUGAUAAAGACAGCCGUACCACUGCUCAGUUACCAAGGCAACAGCCCAGACUCAGCACUGCACUUCCUGUGUCAUGACGGAGACCUUAAAAAGCCCAGAUUUGACCACUUGGUGGCGAUAGAGCGCAGUGGCAGAGCGUCUGAUGGGAACUACUACAACAUGAGAGGAGUGAACAUCAAACACCUGGUGGACCCUAUAGAUGAUCUAUUCACCACAGCCAGCACCAUCCCUGGCAUCAGCACCACAGGGAUAGGAGAUGGUGGGAACGAGCUGGGCAUGGGCAAGGUGAAGGAGGCAGUGAGAGAACACAUGCCCAAUGGGAGCCUGAUAGCCUGUGACGUGGCUGCUGACUUCGCCAUUACUGCAGGAGUGUCUAACUGGGGAGGCUACGGCAUGGCCUGUGCUCUGUACAUCCUCAGUCUCUGUCCCAUCCACCAGCGGUACCUCCACAAAGGCCUGGGCCAGCCUCACCCACCUACCCAGGACCAGCACCAGGCCUGGGCUGCUAGCCUGCCCUCUGUAGCCAAGGAGGAGGAGAUGCUGUCCAUCCUGGUGCAACACGGCGUCCGCAGCGGCAAGACAGGAACUCUGGGCAUGGAGGUGGACGGCCUGACCUUUCACCCCACACACUCUGACCUCAUCAUAAAGCUCAGGAACCGCACAUCACAGAGAAAGUGAAACUACACCUUACAAACUACCACCUAUGCAAAGUAGUGAACAUACAGUGAGGGAAAAAAGUAUUUGAUCCCCUGCUGAUUUUCUACAUUUGCCCACUGACAAAGACAUG